AUGGUCGGUGGAGCCGGGAAAGUCGACGGGCACAGCGCCCUACAGGGCGAUCAUUCCGGGGCACUAUCAAGUCGUUCAACCCUUCAGGAUCGGCUUGUCGCAGAGGAUCUUUCCAUUUUGCUACCCGAUAUUUCCACCCUUUCGUUGGAGCCUCAACGUCAAGACCGAAAUGCCCAUGCUCUGCCGAAUACGCUUGGCAACUUCUCUGAGGGCCUCGAUCAGGUUGAUUUCUCUGGACGAUCUACAACGGAACUCAGCAGCGCGCAAGACGAGUACUUCAAGAAGAACGACGUCCCUCUGCCACCGGAGUUGUGGCUAAGAAUUGUAGGGCUUCUCCCUGAUGCGGACCAACGCACUCUGGCAGACGUUGCAACGGUCUGUUCAUUGUUCAAGAGCGCUGCCGAAGCGGAGCUCUACAGAUACCCGGAGCUAAGCAACACUCGAGCUUUGAAAACAUUUGCGUCCACCAUUCGAGUAUCUCCGGACCACGCAGGGCUGGUCCGGGGACUUCGCCUCGGGUGCCCCGAAGCACAAACCUCGGGGUACAUAUCCGCGGUCAAUGGCAUUCUUCCCGAACUCCGGCGGCUCAACACGCUCGAUCUUUCCGGUCUGGGGGACGUGUGUGUGCCUGAGCCGGUCGCGGUCGACAUAUUGAAGGACCCCGACGGGCUGAAAUUCUCCUCACUGCGCCGCAUUCGCGGACUCGGUCUAUAUCUCAGCCCCCGGCUGAUGAUGAUCCUAAAAGGACUACCAGCUCUAGUCGAAGUCCCGGCACACGCCUACGCCUCCCUCCCUGAUCCUGAUAUCGAGGAUGAGGACGACUUCGAACUUCUGGAUAUCCCGAGGAAGCUGCCGCGAUUGUGCGCUCUGUCAUGCCCGUAUUCAAUGCUUGACGGCGUGACUACCCCGGGCAACAUCACGUCGUUAUGCCUUUCCAAGGUAUGCCGCAAGGAAAUGGGCGAAGUAGCUAGUCUCUUCGGGCCACAGCUCGUCAGAUUGCGCGUGGAACGCAAGCUCAGGCCUGCGGGCUACGCUGGGAUGGCGUACCCCACCAACUGGAACUGUUGGUUGCAGUUCCCGCGGCUGCGCUUUCUCGACAUCCAAGACUUCGGCAAGCGGUGCCGUGACUUGAAGACCGAGACUAUCAAGGUGGGAAACCUGCCCCCAUCGCUCGAGACCCUCCUGUGGGACCCAACGUGGAUCGCGGACUGUGCUUUGCAUGACUCGCGCACGGAGGAGUGGAGGCGUGUUCAGAUCAGGUCGUUCGCGGAGACCGUUUUGCGAGGCUCCUCCGGGCUUCGCACGGUAGUGUACCGCUGGAGGCGAGACGUGUCUUAUCAGUGCGCUCUGGUAGGUGGCAGGGAGGGGCGUUUUUGCGAGUUCCUUGCGGAUCCGCUGGUGCAGGACCCAUACGCGUGGGCGGACUAUCGUAGCUGA